AUGCGUGAACUCCUGGGUCCUGAGUCUUUCUCGCACGCCCAAGAGAACAGUCCCCAGUCCCUGCGGGCCAUGUUCUCCUCCAUACCGGACGUAGAGAAGGAUGAUGAUAUGACGUGGAUCGACGCGACCCUCGAUGGCCCUGAAACCCAAAAGAUGCUUCUUUACUUCUUUCCGAUUGAAACAACAUUUGGACUCAUAAAGCCUGAGUCUGUGAUGCUGCAAGAGGAGCUUCUUGAAAUCAUCAGAGGCGCAGGCUUCAAGAUUGCUGCAAAGAAGGAAUACCAGUUGACGCCAGAUGAUCUGAAGGUCAUUUAUGCGCAAGCGAAGGAUAAACCCUUUUAUGAUGACCUCGUGGAAUAUAUGUCUCAGUGA